AUGAAGUUAUUAUCUGAAAUGGAAAGUGAUCGUUUAGAAUCAAAUAUUACUAUUUAUUUAUGUCUUAUAAAAGCUUUGGCUAAGCUUGGCAUGUUAGAAAAAGCUGAAUCAUUUGUUCAAAAAAUUCCAACUUCUUUUCUUACUGAUCAUCGAAUUCAAAAUGCAUUGAUUCACAUGUGGGGGAAAGUUGGUUCUGUCGAUGAAGCAAAACGAAUAUUUGAAAAAAUAUCGCAACCGGAUCACAUUGCAUGGACAACGAUGAUUAAUUCUUAUGGUUUAAAUGGAAUGGGCAUUGAAGCAAUGAAGCUUUUUCAUCAAAUGCCUAAAGAAUUUAUCAAUGAUUUAACAUAUACUUGUGUUUUAAAUUCAUGUUCACAUUCAGGACUUAUUGAUGAAGCUCGUUCAAUCUUCAAUAGUAUUGAAGCGAAAACAGUCAUAACAGUUACAACAAUGAUCGAUUGUCUCAGUCGUGCAGCCGCUUUUGAAGAAGCACAACAAUUGAUUAAACAAUUUGAACAUAAUCAUGCACCUGCACUACCCAUCUAUAUGGCAUUAUUAUCAGGUGCUCGCAAUGAGAAAAAUAGUAAAUUAGCACAGCAAGUUGUUGAUCGUAUGCAGAAGCUUUUUCCUGACUUGAAAAGCUCAUUGUUACCAGCUUCGAUUCUGUUGGCUAAUGUUUAUGCAUCAUCAGGUGACAUUGAAAAAGCAACAGAUAUUAAAAUUGAAUUGCAUAAAUCAGGUGGUAAGAAACAAAUUGGUAUAACAAUGACUGAUAUCGAUGGAAAACUCUGGAAAUUUCGAGCGCAUGAUCAAUCACAUCCUUACUCUGCCGAAAUCUAUGAGCAAGUUGAUCGAAUGUCAAAAGAAGUUAUUAAACAUGGGCAUAAGUACGAUGCAAGUUGGAUUGUAAGGCCGAUGUACGCUGAUGAAACAAUUGAAACGCUUCUUUGUGGGCACAGUGAACGACUUGCUAUGGUCGCUCAUUUCAUUCAUCAUCGAAAGCCCAAACGCAUUCAACUGACGAAAAAUCUUCGCAUUUGUGGUGAUUGUCAUCGAGUAACUAAAUUAGUUGCUUUGAUUUACCAAUGUGAAAUAGUUGUUCGUGACGCAAAUCGAAUACAUCAUUUUCAUCUGAAUGGACAAUGCUCAUGCCAAGACUAUUUUUAA